GUGUUUCUCACAUUUGGAAAACACUCGAUCAAUCUUUUGCCAGCUGGUUGCAUCCUGUUGUUGAGGGAGCUCAUUUAAGUUUCCCAUGGUCUGAUAACCAAAUAAAUGAAGCUGAAUUCAUGUUCAAGAUAUUUACUAUGUGUUUAAAAUAUUCUCAUGAACAAUUGCUCAUUAAUCAUAAUUGCGAAAAGUAUAUACUGUCAUACUUGUGGGGCCAUUAUGUACAGUCUUAUGUGUCACAUGGCUAUCGCCAUUAUUCUAUAUCAUUAUGUCACACGGAAUUGCUAAAGCUUCCCUGGCACCAAUUUCAUCCUGAUGCAGAAGACAUCGAAGGAAUGUGCAAAGUACUUCAGAGUGAUUUAAAGGAAAGUAAAGAAUUCUUAGCAAAAAUCAGCUUAGAAAUUCCAUGGCUCGAUGUCAUGAGUUAUGUUUCAUCAACGAAACCUCCUGAAUAUGUUGGAAAAACAUUAGGAACCCUUGCUAAGUUAUUAAUCAUAUCAGGAUGGGAUACAUCCACAAAGAAGAAAAAAUUUCAACAAAACGACUUUAAAGAACUUGAAACUUUGCCAUGGUAUUUUCUCCACUUAGAUGACGUUGAAGGUCUAUUGAGCUUGUUUUUCUCAGGACCAGAUAUUGCGAAAAUUUUACUAGGAGUUUCGCAAAAUGCACAUCAAAUUCUUCUAUUUCAAUUUUUGAAAUUUUUAUGUUGCAUGAGUGCAAAUUCAAGCUCAGAAGGUUGCUGCACACCAAAACGUUUGUUGUACCUACAUAAAUACACAUCUUCACUAUCUGUGUGUAUUUCAGCUAAGAAGGAAUUAUUUUUAAAAAACUCAGACAAUUUUAAAACCAUGUUGCCAUCUCUACUGAAAGAUAUUGAAGUAGUUGUGUCAAAAGGUGUAAAAUCAGAUGAGAUAGUCACCAAUGCUCUGCCUCUUGUUAGAGAAGUGAUUGGCUUUCUUAACAGUAUUGCUGAACCUACACUUGAGAAAGUAGCAACAGAUUCGGUUGUUUCGUGGUUGACUUCAAAUCACCGCAGCCCACUGCUACUUCCUUGUCUUAAAUCAUCUUGCUGUUGUCUAAAUACUAUGGCAAACAUGGUGAUCAUCUGUGAAUGCUGUAUUGAAUCACGUUUUGCAGAUUCCCAAGAUGCGGUUGAAGCUUCUUCUAUUUUCCAGCUGAUAUCUUCUUAUUUCCAAGUGCCUUAUGGCCACUGUGAUGAAUUUGUGCAAGUGUGUGUUCAGAAAAGAGCAUUUUUGGCAAUGUACUGCUAUGUAUUGCAAAAAAGGUCCAAUAUGACUUCAACAGAAUCUAAGAAACAACUAGUCUGGUCUCUCGUUGAUUGGAUAAGAAGAGCAAGAGUCAGUGAAAAUUGUGAAGCCAAAUCUCUCCUUUUAUGGGACAAAAUUCUUGAGUUGUGCAUUAUACUAACUUCUGAGGAUGAAGUUCAGAGUGUUCAAAAAGUUCUCCUUUCAUUCUGCAAUGAGCUAAAUGCUUUCAGUGAAGAUAGAGUAAACACUGGAGUUCUUGGUGCUAUUGGAUUUGGGCGUCACUCAGAGCUUUCUGUUAAUUUCAGAUUUAUGUGCUGUGCCAUGGUUGCAUACCUGCUUCUGCAAAUUCCUGACAAUGCUCCCAUUCGGUUGGAGGCAAUGGCGUCCGGAUAUUUAACUCCUGAGGACAGUGGUAGCCAAAAAAGAUCUCCAAAACUCCCUCAGCCAUCUCAAGCGGCUUUGAAAGCUUUGGAAAAACUAAAUGCUUUGUUAGAUAAGAAACCAUAUUCUGCUUUGCGUUGCCAGGUGAAUGAUGCAAUCAGCUGUAUCCGUGACCCAAAAAAUUCAUUUGUAGAAAGUCGCCAGUUUUUGAAGCGCUUUGCUCUUCUUGCAUUUCCUAAAGACAAUUUUUUACAUGCUUUAAGUUAGUGAAGCGCAUUUUAAUUUUAUGUUUGCAGAUGACUGGUUUUAUUUAUGUAAACAAUCAUUGUUUGUAAAAGCUGUGAUAUUAAAAAAAUCUGGACAUUUCUCUCA